CGGUGCUGCUGUCUCCAGCGACCUCCCCUCCGCCCUCUUCUUUCUAUUCUCAUCGGGACAGGGACGCCUUGUUCUCCCCUUCUCUCUAUUUUCGACGACAUCAUGACGCAAACGAUGGAUGAUAGGACUCUAUACUUAAACGCUCUCAAUAAUUCACAGGGCAUGGGGAGGGAUGACAUCAAAACUGGCUUGACAGCGGACAGCUAUCGGCCCCCAAAAGUCAUCAUCCUCGAUGAUUCUCCGGCUAUAAUGAACGGCGAGGACAAGACGCGUUUCACUCGGUCAAGCCCUGGCACCCCAAGUUCUGACGACGGCAUGAUCAGCCUAGACGUCGGGCGGCUGCCCGGCGAGGUGUACGACAACAGCCUUAUGCGGUGGGCUGCCGCCCUUAGGAGGAGGGUCGUGAAGAGGGUAGAAUGGGAGUCGGAGGUCAUCGCAGCCAUGCAGGAACGCAUCCGUACGCCCUGGCUGGACACGUACUUUGUGUACACGUCUUCACUGGGAACGCACACAUUCUUCAUGACUGCUCUGCCUUGCGCGUACUUCUUCGGCUACCCUGAGAUCGGCGGGGGAUUACUCUUUGUCCUGUCGACGGGUGUGUACGUCUCGUCCGUGCUUAAGGAUGCAGUCUGCUCGCCUCGUCCCUAUGCGCCUCCGGUAACCCGCCUCACUAUGGGAUCGCACCACCUUGAGUAUGGUUUCCCGUCCACACAUACCACCAACAGUGUCUCUAUCGCUCUAUUUAUCUUUACACACGUAUACCGAGCCUACAUGAACGCCUCUAUGUCACAAACCGCGUACAUUGCGUGGAUGGUUGGGCUAAUAUUCUACACCUUCAGCAUCGUCUAUGGCCGGAUCUACACCGCAAUGCAUAGUUUCACCGACUGUGCUAUGGGUAUCAUGCUUGGCACAUCGCUCUGGCUGUUCCAGUUAUUCUGCCAGAAGGCUAUCGAAGAUUGGAUAGUUGGAAGUGCCUGGUUAGGGCCUAUCACAGUCUGCAUUUUCACGGCUCUCAUUGUCAACCAGCAUCCUCAGCCGGUAGACGAUUGUCCGUGCUUCGAAGACGCCAUUGCGUUCAUGUCUGUCAAUGCUGGCGCGAUGCUCUGUCUAUGGCAUCGGACGCGAUAUGGUUUUGAUGAAUCGUACUUCGUUAAGUUUCAGCCAGGUAGUGCUUAUGAAACUUGGACGGACGUUGGCACCUGGUGGCUGUUUGCAGCAAUCAAGGUGGUUGUCGGUGUGCUGCUCAUCUUCAUGUGGCGGUUGAUUGCGAAGUCGUUGAUGCAUCUCAUUCUGCCCCCUAUCUACCGUCUGCUUGCUCAGGCCUUUACUCUCCCGAAUCGGAGGUUCUACACGCCGGCGACUGACUAUGACAUGGUGCCCCCCGAGAAGAGCCUGCGGCCGAUCCCGUCCGUCAUCGACCUACCUGCUCAUAUGGAAAUGGAGAUGGAGAUGAAGGUCGACGCGACGGGUGCCGGGGCGAGGCUGCACGUUCCCCGUGACAUCAAACUUCGCAACACCAACGGGAGUGCCCGUAGGGAAAAGAGCCUCGGUCGCUCGUACAGCGAAGAGGAAAAAUGUGUCAAUGGCAACGACGCGGGAAUGAGGGACGACGAGAAGAUUAAGCACUACGAUGCGGAUGUGUUGACAAAGGUUAUCGUGUACUCGGGCAUCGCGAUCCUUGCCACGGAGGUGGUGCCUAUUCUUUUCGAGAUCCUGGGAUGGGGCACGCGGUCCCACUAAACGCUGCACGAACGUCGAGGCCGGCCUACUUUGCGAUUUCGUUCACUCAUGUCCCGCAUCGUGGCUGUCACCCUUUAUUCAACGGGGGCUUCGCGUCUCACACUCUAGUAUCGAUCUUCUCAUCUUGGCUUCUAGGAGGAUUUAUCAUACCUUAAUCCCUGUACUUUAUAAUGUUGGUUGGACAGCUAUAUACCCUCGUUUGUGGACUCUACUCUG